AUGAAUAAAUAUACAUUGGAAUUUAAGUCAGCAGAUGUAGAAUUAAAGUAUUAAAAAGAAUCAAUUUACAAAUUGCUCAAACCUCUCCAUUACGGUCUAAUAUUAAUGUCAUUAUUAUUGAAUACAAUCGAGAUAAUAUUAGUAACAGUCAGGGAAUCCUUUUCAAUACCAUUAAUCAAUCUUGCUUUUAUAGGAAUAUCCAUAUUUAGCUUUGUAAUUGUCUAUAAAAAGGAGACUUUAACAUAAAAAAUGAUGACUAUUGAAAAUGCUUAUAUCUUAUUAUUAUAGUUGAAUUUUACUGCAGACAAUAUUCAUGGCUAAGAAUACUUUUUAUAUGGAAGUAGCUUGUCAUUAAUUCAAGCAAUAACCUAUUUUUCGACAGAUUUUUAUUUAAGUUGUCCUUCUGUUAUAUUUCAUUUGAUAUUUCGACUUAUUGUCACCAGUUUGUAUGCAAAGAAAUUUGAUUUAAUAGCUUUAGGCCUUACAAUAACUACAGCUAUAUUUUUAAUAAGUGUGUUAUAUAUAUGCAAUAGAGCAUAAAGGUUGUAAUUCUUAUUGAAUUUUAAAGAAGAUACUAUUAACUAUCAAUUGCAAACCUUAAUAAAUAAACCAUUUACAAAGAUUAUUUACAACGAGAAGAAGCUUUAAAUUGAUGUUCUUUAGGUUAAUCAAGUCAAUUAAUUUUUGGGAUUCAACCAAGACUUGUGUUUUGGAUGUAAUAUUAGGAACUUUAUAAGAAAUUGUAAGAUUUCUAAUAGAUCCUUAGAGAAAUGGAUAAUAGAUGAUUAAACCAAUCUAAAGGAAAUUUGUCUUGCUAUGGUUUAGAGAACAAAAAUAAAGAUUAGGCUUUCUUAAUUCAACACUGAUAAUAGUUUGAUAUUAAUUUUGGAGAAUUCAAGACUGGAUACGAGACAAAAAUAGGUUCCUUAGUUUGUGACAAAGCAAUUAGUGGAACAAUUUAUGACAAGCAAGAAAACCCUGUUUAAUUUGUAAUUUAAAUUUGGAGUCAUGUCGAUUUUAAUGUUAGGCUAAUAUCAAAUAAAGACUGUAAAUAUUGUAAAGGUGUUGAAAAAAUUAUUAAACACUUAUGUAUUUUCAGGGAAAGUGAAUUUAAAUUUUAAUGGUUAUCAGAUAAUAAAAUUGAAGACCUACUCAUAAUUUCUGAAUAUUUUUUUAAUUCAAGUAUUUAAUAUCAUUCAAGAUAUGGAGUACUCUUAAAAUAUAUUUAACGAAAUAAAUGUGAACAGUUUCGAUAAUUAUCUAGCUUUUCAGUUGAAGCUAUCAAAUAAAUAAUAAUUUAUGCAAUUGUACUCAAAGAACUUUUUCAUAAAGUACACUGAAUAACAUUUGUUAGUUACUCCAUUAACAUUUGAUUUGGUAUUUUAUUUCAACAAACUAAUUCCAUUUGAUGAUACGAACGCUUCAUUAUGA